GUUUCAAAUGAUCAUAAACGGAAUAAUACCUUUGGAUUAUUUUACCAUAUAUCACUGUCACUUAAUCAUAUACAAAAUUUUAGCGAAACUGUUGAUUUUUUAAAAAUUCACAACUGUCAAGCAAUUGGUUCAGAAAAAGAAAUUGAUUUGUCACUAGAGGAUUAUGAUAGCCAAGCAUUUAGCUUAGAAAAUAAAAUAGAUUCACAGGACUCUCUCAGUAAUGAAGAGCCAAAUAAAGACCAUUCUAAUAUUUGUUAUCGAAGUUAUGAAUACACACAUUCAUAUACAUAUAAGGCCAUAAAGAAGGUUGAUACUAAUAAGCAGCAUAAACAGGCAUCUGUAGCA